UAUCAGUGCAGUGAGGAGGAGACACACAUAACGUAGGUCUCCCUGGAAAAUGUUUACACAAACUUUGAUUCACUUGUUGAUUUUUUACGUUUUGAAAUCCGACUGCAUGCUGUAUACUAAAGGAACGGAAUCCCGUGAAGUUAGAGAACUCGGCGGAAUAUGGCAAUUCAGAGCUGAUACAUCAGACGGACGCAACUUAGGUUUUGAGAAACAGUGGUAUACAAGACCCCUAGCCAUGACAGGUGAUGUGAUUGACAUGCCAGUUCCGUCAAGUUUUAAUGACAUCACGCAAGAUAGAAUGCUGCGGGACUUUGUUGGAUGGGUUUGGUAUGAGAAGAACUUUUUUCCACCAAGGACUUGGAAGACAGCGAAACAAAGAAUAUUUUUAAAAUUUGAGAGUGCUCAUUAUAAUUCUAUCGUGUGGUUGAACGGAAAACAAGUUGCAGCACACGAGGGCGGACAUCUUCCUUUCCAAGCUGAGGUUACGCAUCUUCUGAAUUUUGGAUAUUCUAAUCGACUAACUGCCGCAAUCAACAACACACUGACCCCUUACACACUACCCCCUGGUACUAUUACUUACCCAAAACAUCAAAGUCACUACCCGAAAGGUUACUUUGUGCAAAACUUUCAAACGGACUUCUUCAAUUAUGCAGGGAUUCAUCGACCUGUCAAGCUGUAUACUACACCUAUGCUAUACAUCAGUGACAUCACAGUUGUCACUAAGAUAUCAGGGACAACUGGAAUAGUAAAUUAUAACAUACGUGUUGAAGGCGCCAGUUCACCUGUCACUUACACCAUCAGGUUGUUUGAUGCAGAAGGGAUGAAAGUGGCCGUUGGUCAGAAGGCAAGUGGUCAGCUGAAUGUCUCCAAUGCCCAUCUGUGGUGGCCAUGCACAAUGAGUGAACAUCCAGCAUACCUGUAUACCCUUAAGGUGAAAAUAGAAGAUGGAUCCGAUGAAGACAUGUAUGAUGUCGCUGUCGGCAUUCGCACGGUAGAAGUAACAAAGACAAAGUUUCUAAUCAAUGGUAAACCAUUCUACUUCCUCGGUGUCGGAAAACAUGAAGAUGCUGAUAUUCGAGGAAAAGGAUUGGAUUAUCCUACAAUGAUCAAGGACUUGAACCUAAUGAAGUGGUUAGGUAUCAAUUCAUUCCGCACAAGUCAUUAUCCAUAUGCAGAGGAGAUCAUGGACCUCUGCGAUCGCCAUGGCAUCGUUGUCAUUGAUGAGAGUACUGCUGUUGGAAUGAAAACGGUGGAUAAUUUUAGCGAUACUACACUGCAACACCAUCUGGCUGUCAUGGAGGAACUCGUAACUAGGGACAAGAACCAUCCGUCCGUUGUCAUGUGGUCUGUAGCAAAUGAACCAAACGCAACACUGGUUGAGGCAGGUGCUUACUUCAAGCGUGUCGUUGAUUAUACACGGACAUUGGAUGGUACUCGACCAGUUACGCUAGUGACAGGAGGAAAUCUAAAACCAGAAUUUGAUAAUGCAGCAAUGUAUGGAGACGUCAUUUGUCUCAACACUUACUUCUCUUGGUAUGGUAAUCCAGGCCGCUUAGAGGUUAUACAGUACCAAGCUAGUACCAAUCUCAGAGCAUGGUUUGAAAAGUUCCAACGCCCUGUCAUCCAAGCGGAAUAUGGUUCAGAUGCCCUACCAGGGCUACACACGGAUCCCCCAAUGAUGUUUAGUGAGGAAUACCAAAUAGAUCUUUUAACAGAGUAUUUCAAGGUGUUUGAUGAAGUCAGGAGCGAAUUCUUUGUUGGAGAGAUGAUCUGGAAUUUUGCAGAUUUCUCGACAGCUCAAACUAAUGCUCUGAUUGGUGCACGAAACAUGAAAGGAAUUUUAACGAGACAGAGACAGCCAAAGUCAGCUGCUAGAAUCAUCAAGAAACGAUACUACCAAAUUGGCAAUACAACUGUACAGACUCACAACAAGGAAUCAAAAAUUUACAUUUUUUCAAUCAAGUCAAUCCCAGUGGCGUAACUGCCGGCGGUACAUUGAACCAGGGCUCUCGAUCUUCAGGGGCUCCCGAUUUGUAGGAGCCCCAGCCCCGAUCUACAGGGACCCCCAACAUGUAGUUGCCCCGCCCCCGAUCUCCAGGGGCCCCCGUUCGUUAAUGGCCCAGGCCCCGAUCUCUAGGGGCCCACGAUAUUUAAUUGCCCCGUCUCUGCCCCCCAGGGCCUCCAGAUCUUUAAU